GCUAUGGCAACCGCCAGCUUGCGUCCCGCAGCGCAGAAGCCUGGAGUGAGCGCGCGCUCUCUGGACGCUCCAGAGCCUCCGCCGCUGAGCGCAAAGUUGACCUCAAACCCGGAGCACAAAGCGACCCCGCAGCUCCGCGUCCUGCUGCACUUCGACGUUUCAGCUCAUCUGCGAUGUCGAGUUCAGAUCUCCAAAACCUGCAAACAUUGGAAUCCUUAGUUGUCAGAACAGUCAGUCAUCACAGCAUCGAGCUCAGCUGGGAUGAUGUGGAGAGGGAACCGCACACUGCGCCACCCGAGAAAUGGACGAGCUUCUCCAUCGAAGAGAUGCACCCCAAGACACACGUUUACGACACCAUCUACCUCGGCUAUGGCACAAAUUACACCAUUGAAGGACUGGAGCCCAGUACCUCCUAUACGUUCCGACUCAAAGUCAUAAAGCCUUCUGGGGAGUCCUACUUGAGUCCUGCUGUGUCCGUCACCACUUCGAGAGAACCACUAAGCGGGCAAAACCUCCACCGGGCCAUCACCAUGAACGAUGAGGAGGAGAUGAAGAGAGUCCUGGUGUCAGGGAUGGUUAACGUAAAUGUUCCGGACAAACUGGGCUUUACUCCCCUCAUGGUCGCUGCACAGAAAGGUUUCUACAGACUGGUCCGUAUCCUGCUGGAGCAUGGUGCCAGCGUCAACACGAUGAACAGCAGUGGCAAAAACAGUUUGAUGCUGGCAUGUUUCGCUGGACACUUGGACAUUGUGCAAUGCCUGAGGAGUGCGGGGGCUCUGUGGACAAGUGUGGACAUGGGCGGCUGUACAGCGCUUCACUGGGCGACGGACGGCGGACACUUAGAAAUCCUCUCCUACAUGAUAGAUGACGGCUGUGAGGUGGACGUGAGGGACAAUGUGUCUCAGUGGACUCCGCUCAUGAGGGUGUCGGCGCUGAGCGGGAACACCUCUGUCGCCUCGUUGCUGAUCAGCGGCGGGGCAGAUGUCAACGCCCGGGACAAGGAUGGCAAGACUCCGCUCAUGAUGGCAGUCCUCAAUAACCAUGAAGAGUUGGUUCAGCUCCUCCUCGAGAAUGGAGCAGACCUCAACGUGAAGAAUCAGUUUGGAUCAGGAGCAGCAGAAAUGGCUAAAGCCUUUGGCAGACAGAACAUUAUCAAUUUGUUUGAGCAGAAGAGCCAUUAAGAUGCUUCUGCUGUUUUUUUUUUGGAUCAAGAUACAACCUUGCUUUGCCUCUCAUCCUGAUAUUUGACAUCACUGCUCACUUUUACUUUCAGAGUAAAUGCUGUAAAUGCUUUCAGUUCCGGUAACACAGAAGUAUUAUAUGGCCCCUGAGAUUUGUGUAUGUUAUGUAAUGGUGUCCUUUCCAAGUACAUAAAGCAACUGCAAAUGCUAAAAUCAACCCAUUUAUUAUUAUUAUUCUAAAUUAAGAUAAAGGAUUUCACAGCUGCUGCGUUGUUGCUGACCACAGAGUAUAGAAAACGCACUAAUAAUUCAAAUUGUUUUUUUUUAAACUUAUUUUACUUGUUGAAUAUGUUGCUGACCACAGAGUACAGAAAACGCACUAAUAAUUCAAAUUAUGUUUUUUUUUAAACUUAUUUUAUUUGUUGAAUAAUGUACAAAGAACACAUCCCUGCAUUCACUAAUACCAACAGGACAAUAAAGGAAAAAACUGUAAAAAGAGUAAUGUACAUAUUUAAAAUGACAUCAAAAUAAAUGGAAGAAUGAAGUAAACUCAGCCACAUUCCAUGUUAAUUGCACAAACACCAAACAUUGUGGAAGAAAAUCACUGCAGCUCUUAGAAGACCCCAAAAGAAAUGCCUUGGGGGGGGG